AUGCUUUUCCGUCGCCAGGCCCAACUCCAAUUUCAAGCUGGUCCUGGCGCAUUGUGUUUCCAAGCCUCGCGCAAUCAUCGCGUUGCGUUUCCCGGUCGCCUUCCUCUCUCGCGCAUCGCCUAUCACUCUCCUGUCGCCUUCGCGCUCUCUUUCCGUCACCUUCGCGCUCUCUCUCCUGUCGCCUUCGCGCUCUCUUUCCGUUGCCUUCGCGCUCUCUCACCCGUCGCCUCUGCGCUCUCUCUCCCGUUGCCUUCGCGCUCUCUCUCCCGUCGCCUUCGCGCUCUCUCACUCGUCGCCUCCGCGCUCUCUCUCCCGUCGCCUUCGCGCUCUCUCACCCGUCGCCUCCGCGCUCUCUCUCCCGUCGCCUUCGCGCUCUCUCUCCCAUCGCCUAACGCACUCUCUCUCCCGUUGCCCUCCGCGCUCUCUCUCCCGUCGCCUUUGCGCUCUCUCUCCCGUCGCCUUCGCGCUCUCUCUUCCGUCGCCUUCGCGCGCUCUCUCUCCCCUCGCCUUCGCGCAAUCUCCCCUCCCUUCCCGUCCACUUCAUCUCCUAUCGCUCACGUCCUCCCCUCCCAUCGGCAUCGCGCUCACGUUCCCCCCUUCCCUGGCCAUCGCGCUCACGUUCCCCCCUCCCCUGGCCAUCGCGCUCACGUUUCCCCCUCCCCUGGCAUCGCGCUCACGUUCCCCCCUUCCCUGGCCAUCGCGCUCACGUUCCCCCCUCCCCUGGCCAUCGCGCUCACGUUCCCCCCUCCCCUGGCCAUCGCGCUCACGUUCCUCCGUCGACUCGCUAUCUCUCCCGUCGCCUCCUCUCCCCUCCCAUUCCGUCGUUCGCUUCCUUUCCCAUCCCAUCCCGUCGUUCGCCUCCUCUCCCCUCCCAUCCCGUCGUUCGCCUCCUCUCCCCUCCCAUCCCGUCGUUCGCCUCCUCUCCCCUCCCAUCCCGUCGUUCGCUUCCUUUCCCCUCCCAUCCCGUCGUUCGCCUCCUCUCCCCUCCCAUCCCGUCGUUUGCUUCCUUUCCCCUCCCAUCCCGUCGUUCGCCUCCUCUCCCCUCCCAUCCCGUCGUUCGCCUCCUCUCCCCUCCCAUCCCGUCGUUCGCCUCCUCUCCCCUCCCAUCCCGUCGUUCGCCUCCUCUCCCCUCCCAUCCCGUCGUUCGCCUCCUCUCCCCUCCCAUCCCGUCGUUCGCCUCCUCUCCCCUCCCAUCCCGUCGUUCGCCUCCUCUCCCCUCCCAUCCCGUCGUUCGCCUCCUCUCCCCUCCCAUCCCGUCGUUCGCCUCCUCUCCCCUCCCAUCCCGUCGUUCGCCUCCUCUCCCCAUCCCAUCCCGUCGUUCGCCUCCUGUUAGGGACGAAAUCGUCUUAG